ACUUCAUGUGUCAGCUGGAAAAGGAUGAGGUGUCUAAAGUGGAAGCUGCAAGCCUUAUAGUAUAAAGAGUUUAAAAACUAAACAGAUAUGAAAACCGUAUUCGUGACAGUCGGAACUACGAGCUUUGAUGAGCUCAUUGAACGCAUCACGAGCUCGGACGCUCUUCAGACUUUAAAAGCUCGUGGAUAUGAGCGUCUGGUCCUUCAGGUCGGUAGAGGAUCGGUCCUCCCGACUCCCGACAGUUGUCCAAACAUCAGACUGGAGGCUUUUCGAUUUAAAGACUCCAUAGCAGACGAGAUGAAGGGAGCUGAUCUCGUCAUCAGCCACGCAGGAGCAGGAAGUUGUUUGGAGGCGCUCGGUGCAGGGAAGCCACUGCUGGUCGUAGUAAAUGACAAACUGAUGAACAACCACCAAAUGGAGCUGGCGCGACAGCUCCACGCAGACUCACACUCACUAUACUGUACAUGCAGCACCCUAACAGAAACCCUGCGGACCAUGGACCUCUCUGUUCUCCUGCCAUUCUUACCUGGACAGCCAAAAAACUUUGCUAACUUUCUAGAUAAAGCUCUUGGAGUUCAAUGAAAUUUUCUGUCAAACUGAAGGACAGUUUGUCAGAAAGUGAAGACAGACAGUGAAGAUGAAUAUCAUGUGACUGUCCAGUACAUACAUGACAUUCAGCUGUGAUCUAUUUUUAUACCCAGUGUGUAAUUAUAAAUAAUACAUGUCAUAUAUCACUGAAGUUAUGAAGUAUAUCUGUAUUUAUUCAUACAUUUUGUAAUUUUGUUUAAGUAGUCUAAUACAUGUGGGAAAAUGUUUGAGUAGUGUUUUCUUUGAGAUGGUGACAUAUGUCUUAACAUGUUAUAACUUUUAACCAGAUUCUUGAGCUGCAGAUAUGUGAGAUAAAUGACUCUACUUUUAAGUCACUGUUGAGCUGGUUCUGCUCUAAAUAUUUUACCAACAAGUUAUUUUAUCUGGAUUUGUCCUUAACCUAGAUAGUCUAGAUAAAACAAAAGGUGGAAUGUAACCGUAUACUUUUACUUUAGCUGAUAAUACUUGCAUACCUUUUCCUUUUGGUUUAUUUUUACAAUGCGGUAUUAAUACUCAUAUUCAAGGAUCUGAUUACUGAAUCCUAACUGCUUUUGGCACCACGGUGUCACUUUUAGCCUCAACAUCAUUAAAGCUGAAGCAGCCGUCAAAACUAGAGACACUGGAGCUCCUAGAAAGUUGAUCUUAUCGGGAAACAGUCAUGUUUCUAUCAACAUACCUGUAUGUGUUAACAGCCCAGACAAUGCACUUCAGCAGAUCGUAUUCACAUUUGUGAUGUAUUUAUAGUCUAGUGUGUGAGGUCUUGUUAUGACUGUUCUAUUCUUAAAAAAUACAGGUAUGAUUUAUGUUGUUUUUGUAUUGCUCUUUUAUGUCCAUCUGUGCAGUUUUUCACAGACCAUUUAUUCUUUUGUGGACGUAUUUAAUUAUAGGAAGAUCUUAAGUUGAUUUAUUUCCAUCACUGAAUUUUUAUUAAUCUCUAUAAAUCUGAGUUGUACCCGUUCUUACCAUAAGAGUGGGAUGAUGUCGAAAACAGUGGCCACCCAUAGAUCUGUCUUCACAUUAAAACCAAACUGACUGGUAUGAGCUGAGUAGGAUGAAGUGGAACGAACAGGUCAGGGGUUUUUUUAUAUUUGCCUGUAUCUUUCAAGUAUGUUAAAUGAAUGCUAAACGCUCCAGUGUCUGCUGCAACAAUCAGUGUAUAAGUCUGUUACUGAAGGUAUGCACUGUAUGUUAUCAUGGUAUAUCUCCAAAAAGUCAUAGUUUGUGCAAUUUAUUUGUCAAAACUAGUUUCUAUAUCCACAGAAAAUGCAGGAAAUUGCUGUUUUCAUAGGACAUAAAAUGUCUUUUUCCUCUUUCUUCCGAUAAAUGAUUAAGUGUUUAAAGACACAUAAAGUUGAGUUCAUAGAUGCAAGACCUUUUCAGUCCUAAAUCCCAGGAUUUUCACAAAUGAUAUACAUCAUAUUUUGUUCACAGCUGAUUAGAUUAAAUUGGGAGAUAAGGAAAUGCAAAAAACAAAUUCUAAUGCACAUAAGUCAAACUGAUUUUUUUCCAAAUACAAUAUUAUCUUUGUAUCAUCUGAAAUGCAAAAUAAUAGUCUUGACUUUCUUUUAUUUCAUUGUGUGGAUGCUGGUUAUUUCUUUUGCUCUGUUCAGUAAAUUCCAAUUGCUCCUCCAACUUGAGGAGCAAUCCCUUCGUCAAUGCUGACCUAAGGUUGAUGAUUCAUCAUUUCACUGAGUUUACAGUUUCUUCACUUAAGAAGGUUUUGUUAAACAGGAAAUGAUGAGUGAAAGGCAGCACGUAGUCAGCUUCUACUGUUCAAACUCUGAACAGUGUUUAGAGUCAGAGGAGGAAAUAUUUUUGGCCACUGUCUGUAAAAGCUGAAGUCACUUUGGUUCAUUUUCAUACUAGAAACCUGUCAAGUGAGGUGUCGAAGAGAGUUUCACCAGUCUUUAUUUUACUGCACAUGUUUGCCUUAUGCUGUAUUCAUGUAUUUUUUGAGGUUUAUGAAGACUACUGUAAAUGUCAAAUAUCAUGUUAAGUAAAAGGGUUAGUCCAGGAAGACAGGCAGACUUCCCUUUGGGAAAGCACCAUCUUUUUUUUUUGUAGAAAAAGAUUUACGCUCUGUCACGGGAAAUUUGUGAAGACAGAUGGCUUUGUUCUCUUUUUUCUUUAUGCAGAUGUUUCACAGCUGACACCAGGAAUAUAUCUGUGAACAAGAAGUGUAAUGUAAUAUUCACUCUCCUGUUAUAUCAGACAGCUGUUGUUUCAUAUUAUCACCAAUAGGGAAGUGUUUUUAUCUUGUGAAAGUUCCUGAUAUGUUUACAUUAAAAUCAAGUAAUUUUUAUUAUUUCUGUUUUUUUGUAGCUCCAGUCAGAUUUAAUAAGGACACAAAAUAUCAAUAAGUUAUUUGCAGUUUUUGAAAGAAGCAUUUGUGUAAUUUAAGUAAAAGCAUUAAAACAACAGUGCACAAAUACUCCACCACAAGUACAUGAUCUGCAAUGAGGAGUGAAAUAAAGUUUUACCAGCAAAAUGUACUAAAAAAUGAAAAAUACAAUUUUUCAACAUUAUAAGAUCAUUUUUGAUCAGUUGAAGCUGCUGUAUUACAGUGUGUAACAUUUUAAUGCUGUAGAUAUUUACUAUUUUCAAAACAUGUUUGUUUAAUCUACAGCGAUGCAUCAUAUUCUAUGAAGUCAUCAUAUAUUUGUAGCAUUGCUGCCCUCCUAGAAUGAUGUGUCUCCAAAAAGUGAGGUUUCAAAGAACAUAUUUAGCUUCAAAACUAUUUUCUCAACCGAUAAAUAAUAUCUUUCUUCA